AAGGAAAUAUUGUGUGUCGUCAACGUUCAACAUGACUGCGCAUCGUCUGGAGCAAACUGUGGCAUCCGGAAUGUGCAAGAGCGGCAGGAGCGCAUCGUCACAACGAGACUCCGGCAGCUCAUUGAUCAUGCACCUACUAAUGCCUACUUCCUCAAUACCCACGCGCUUCACAAUUACCAACACAUCUCAGCUCUACUUCCACCGGAUAUA